UCAGCAAAAUGUCUACCGCUUUGGUUAAGUUGUAUUUGUAAACUGUAAAUUCAUUAUCACUGUUUGAUGUCAGAAGCCGUCAUUCGCUGAACGAUUAGACCGUCUUUCCAAGAUCUCGUGAUACCCUUCGAAUUUACUUAGUGAUAUUCGAGCGCCUAGCGCAUUUGUGUCGUGCCCAUGGAUGCGAUGGAAGAGUACGAUGAACCUUCGGACGUUGAAAUGGUACCCCUCGAACAGGCAGAAAGAGUCAGGGCGACUUUAAGACCAGAAGAAUUGCAGGUACAGAUAUUAGAUGCUAAUUCUGAGAAAUCCAUGGAGACCUUUACAACAGGUAUAGAUAUAUUUAGCAAAGAGGAAAGAUUGAAGAUGGAGGAGCGAGCAAAGCGUUUUGGCUUGAUAGAAAAAAGUAAGGAAUCAUCAAAUCUAGAAGAGGAUCUUUAUAGCAGUAUGGGUAUUACGGUGGAUGAUGGUGAGAAUGGAAAGAAUUUAAGGUUGAAUGUAAUUCAUAUGAGAGGAACUGAGGACAUGAGUACCAAAGAUGUAUUCAAAUAUUUUCAAGAUUAUGCUCCAAUGUCGAUUGAAUGGAUUAACGAUGUAUCAUGCAAUGUAGUCUGGUUUGACAAUGUAACGGCAGCUAGAGCUAUGAUGGGAUUAUCUAAAAGAAUAAUAGGCAGUAUUGCGAAGUACUCAGAUCGUGAGAACAACGAUUCUGAGAACAAGAAAGAUGACAUAACAAAUGAAAGCGAACCUGUCGAUAUGGACAAGAAUGAAAGCGAAGAGAAUUGUAUAAACAUUAAAGAUAUUGAAUAUCCGUUACCUCCUGGUAUAUGGAGAAAGGGUGUUGAUUAUCCAAAAUCUAAAGGUAUCUUUUUGAGAUUUGCCACCAGGGCAGAUAAAAAGCCAGUUAAUGCGGAAAAGAGAAGCGAAUAUUACAAAAAGUAUGGAAAUCCCAACUUUGGAGGUCUUAAAGGAAUUUUAACGGAAUCUCGUAAGCGUAUGUACAAGCAAACGAAACCAAGUAAACGCAAAUCAUCGAUCGAGGAUAGCAAUCAGAAUCAAACGAAAAAUCCAUGGGGCGCGUUGUCUGAAACGUGGGGUUUGAACGAUGUCGUGGAGGAUGACUUUCUUCCAAAGAAUGGUGUUAGAGACCAAGGACGUAGUAUAAAGGAAAGACUGGGUCUCAAAUGCACAGAAAAAGAUACGAUACAAGUAGAUGAAUCGGAUGAGGCGAGUUCGAGUGACGAUAGCGACGAGAAUUGGUGUAAACGGAGUAAAAUUCCCCGUAUGCGAAUGCACGCCGACGAUGAGGAGGAAAAAGUGCAGAAGCGUCGGGCAAAGAUUCGAUUCCAAAUGAUUCUGAAUAACUUGAAUAACAGCGGUGACUUGCGAUCAAAACUGGGAAAGUCGAAAACGAAAACGGUGUAUCGCGAGCCUAUUCAAGUGGUAGUCACGAAUCCAAUUGCGAUAAAUUCGAAACGCGAUACUUCCGGAAUAAUUCGGCAGCAGGGCCAGGUUGUGAAAGAGAUACAAUCAUCGGAGAGAGAAGAGGGAGAAUGGCAGGAAUCGGAAGAGGAGGACGGUCAUGAGGAAGAAGACGAGAAGAAACAGAGGCAUAGCCAGCGCAGUCUGAUAAACGCACAGGAAGAGCUAGAGGAAGGAGAAAAAGAGGAAGAGAACGAGGAAGAGGAAGAGGGUGAACACAGGGAGGAUGAAGACGAUAGUGGCGAAGAAGACGGCAAUGUGCCUGCGAAAGAGGUUCAGGGCCCUAAAGGAAGUGUGAUAAAGGUGGUUCCGCCCAAGCCACGCAUUGCCUCCACUGUAUGGGCGAGAUUAAAUCAUGCGAAAAGUGAAACAAGCGAUAGCUAUUUGAAAAAGAGGCCAUCGAGCAGCCGCGACUUAAGAAGUACUUUGAAGGGUGAUUUGCGAUCACGUAUUGGAAAUCACACUAGAGGACGUUCUCCGUUGAGAAUAGAAGUAAAGAACGAUAAAUACACAAAAGACAAUAGUGACGGAGAGUGAUUCCGUGCGAACAAGCUAAUCGUACGAAAACUCGAAAUUUGUAAAAAGAUGCACUCAUUAUUUAGAUUUAGACGUAUGGUUUUAAGACUGGUAACAUUUUAUAUCGGCUAUGGUGAACUAGCCAUAUGUAUAAAUUACAUAUGGUAUAUAUAAUUGUCAAGUUUACAUAAUUUACUUAAUGAAGUUUUUCUUUUUUCAUCAUUGGAAAGAUUGCAAUUGUUUUGACGUAUAUGCGUGUAUUCUAAGAAAAUAUUGGGUGUUUUCCAGCUACGACACAAGUUGACACUGUGUUACACAGUGUCGGCUUGUGUUGUAGCUAGAAAGCAGCCAUUAGUACCUGCGUUCCAACAUCCGGCAACAAAUAUUGGAAUGCAGCCUGCUAAAAAUCUACAGUGCAUAUACUUUACACUGGCAGCGUAUAGUACGUGUGUUUUCAGCUGAUAGUGAAUAUUGAAGCGCAGCCAGUGUAAAGCUUUUAUUUCGUAUUGUACGUUAGUGAUCGAUCUUCCAAUCGUUAUUUUUAUCAUUAGACAGUAAUAAAUGCUUCCAAUAAUAUCGCGUGUAAAUUUAACAAAGAUUAUGUAUUUACAAACGGAUGGAAAAGGAAACUACGUAUUUCGACCUAGAUAUUUGUGCAAUUAUGGAAAAAGAAAAAUUUCGAAGAGAUCACGUGUUAUUUCGAAAUUAUAAUAUAAAUCAUGUACUUUUUGCACGAAAAAUAUCAGAUGAAAGUAUAGUUUCGUAAGCCCGUCUAACAUCAAAUUUCUCAGAAUGACGAAAUAUUUUGUAAAGGCAAUUCUGAUGAUCCGGCAUAAUACUCGAUGUUACUGCAAGAAAAGAAAGGGAUGGAUGACGAAAGUAAUAAAAUGAUGACUAUAUGCCA